AUGAACAUCUCAUUAAUAGCCAAUCGAUUAAGAUUAUUAUCAUUAAACAAAUUACAAAGUGAAAUUUUUCAAACUACAUAUAAUCCACAUGAAUUACGUAUAGGAGAAAAAUAUUUAAAUCGAAAAUUAAAAGGACAUUUGAUGAGAUCAUAUUAUCCACCUAUUAGACCGGUGAAUUGGAAAGAAACUAAUUUGAUUUUUUUAAACACUGCUAAAGCUGAAGGAAUUACUGGUAGAGAUUUAGAGUAUUGGAAAUUACCUGAUUUAAGAGAAGAAAAAAGGUAA